AUGCUAGCUUUGGGUAAAUCUGCUGCACAAGACCUCUUUACAGGCUUGAAAAGCGAAGAUGAUACUUUGAAGACUAAGAAAGGGUCAUUGGCUCGCGCCUCUACCUCCGCGAGCUCUGCGGCCCCCUCAGUGCGGCCGCCCAGGCCCAAGGAUGAGCCGCAGACGCUCGUCAUCCCCAAGAGUGCGGCGGAGGAGCAGAAGCUGCCGCUGGAACGGUUCAUGAAGAACCCGGACAAGUCUGUGCCGAUUCCAGAAAAGAUGAAUGAAUGGGCUCCUCGACCACCCCCAGAAUUUGUCCGAGAUGUUCUGGGUUCCAGUGCUGGGGCCGGCAGUGGAGAGUUCCACGUUAGACACCUGCGCUGCAGGGAGUACCAGGACUACGUGGACGCCAUGGCUGAGAAGCCACAACUGGAUGCCGACUUUCAGAAGAGACUGGAAAAGAACAAGAUGGCUGCCGAGGAGCAGAAUGCAAAGCGGCAGAAGAAGCGACAGAAGUUAAAAGAGAAGAAAUUACUGGCAAAGAAGAUGAAACUUGAACAGAAGCACAAAGGACACAACCAGUCCCGUGAACUGCAGUCCGACAGCUCUGAGAAGGUGUCUGGCAACGAAGAGGAGGAGGAGGAGAAGGACGCGCCCAGCUUCGCCACCACAGCUGUCCUGAGCCGGGUCCUCUGGUGA